AUGGCAUGUGACGGCCAUAGUGGUUACAACGACAGAGCUUGGUCUUUAAAAGCUGAUGAUGAUGAUGAUAGUAUAGGUAGCUAUAAUGAUGAUACAUUUUUACAAAAUAGAAGUAAAAUGAAGGCCGAAUCAUACCUAGACGAAAAACAUAUAAUUCUCUUGGUGAAUCAUUUAACCAGUACGUUGUUAAUACACGAACCCAACGAUCCAAUAGAAUUUCUUGUACACCAAGUGGAAGACAUAAUAAAUUUCCGAAAACAAAGGAGCAAACCACCGAUUCUGUACAACAACGAUAAUUUAACGAAUAUUUUUAAGGGUGUAGAUUUUUUAAAUACGGGCACGAUUGAUCUAAGUCAAUACUUCAGUGCUAUGAAGAUGCUGGGAUUGAAUGAAACUGAUUUCAACCAGAAUCCACAAGUAGACGAAAAAAAUCAAAUUGAAUGUAAAACAUUCGUAUUCGAGGCAAAGUUUGCGUUAAUAAAACAAAUGACCACGAUGAUACAAUAA